AUGGUUAAUGCUCAUCAUUCUAAAAAUAUUAAAGGAAUCUCAGCUGCAAGAGGAGCUCCUCCUAUAAAUCAUCUACUCUUUGCAGAUGAUUGUCUCAUCUUCACUCAUGCCAAUUUAACCAGUGUGAAUAAUCUCCUUCAAGUUUUGAAUGAUUUUAGUUCACAAUCUGGUCAAGUCAUCAAUUUUGACAAGUCCUCAGUGUACUUCAGUGGCAAUAUGAAUCCUAGCUCUUGUGAAACCUUAAGACAGAUUUUGGGUGUUAAGCUAAUGGAUAAAAAUGAAAAAUAUUUAGGUUCACCUCUCAUUAUUGGUAAAUCUAAAGUUAGAGCUUUUGAAGACAUUCAACUGGCUUUUGACAGAAGAUUGGGUACUUGGCAAGGUAUCACCAUGCAUCAAGCUGGCAGAACCACUAUGGUCAAGGAAGUUUUCAACUCAAUUCCUACUUACCAGAUGAGCACAUUUAAAAUGCCAAAAAAAACUCCUGAAAAAAUUAGACACUACUCAAAGGAAGUUCUGGUGGGGUUUUAA